AUGUCGUUCGAGGAAGUCGGUGUGGGCUUCGUGCAGCACUACUACAACUUCUUCGCCAACCAGCGCGACCAGCUGGCCGGUAUUUAUCGCCCCAACACGUUGUUGACGUGGCAGAAGGAGCAGGUGCAGGGUGUGGACGCGAUCAUGGCGCGCUUCGCAAACCUGGGCUUUACGGAGGCCGCCUUCAAGCAGGACAGUGUCGACUGCCAGCCCUCGAUGAGCGGUGGUGUGAUCGUCAUCGUGAACGGUGAGGUGAAGUUGAGGGAUGAGCAGCACUCGCUCAAGUUCAACGACUUCUUCCACCUGGCGCAGGACAACGGUCAGUGGUACGUGUCGAACCAGGUCUUCAACCUUGUCGGUGGUGGUGGUCAGUGA